AUUUUUCCUUAAUUGAUGUAUUUUUAUUUAAUAGUGGCGAACACAGUUGUGUCGCGAACCAAAGGCGCCCUUUGGACACAAAACAACAAAUGGUUUCAUAACUUUUCCUUUUCCUUUGUUACAUCAUUGGUUGUUUUUUGUCACACUAUAAAUAGUAAAAACCACAAACAACAAGAACUCACAAUUUGUUUCUUUUACAAUACAACAACACAAUCUUAAUCAACAAAAUCUCACUUGUUUUCUUGCAAUCUUCAUCCAUUGAUUCUUAACUCAUGUCGAGUACAGCUGGUCAAGUCAUCAAAUGCAAAGCUGCUGUUGCAUGGGAGGCUGGGAAGCCGCUGGUGAUCGAAGAAGUAGAGGUGGCGCCACCGCAAGCCGGUGAAGUUCGUCUCAAGAUACUCUUCACCUCCCUUUGCCAUACUGAUGUUUACUUCUGGGAAGCUAAGGGUCAAACUCCGUUAUUUCCUCGUAUAUUUGGUCAUGAAGCUGGAGGGAUUGUGGAGAGCGUAGGCGAGGGCGUGACUCACCUGAAACCAGGGGACAAGGCCCUGCCUGUAUUCACAGGGGAGUGUGGGGAAUGUCCACAUUGUAAGUCAGAGGAGAGUAACAUGUGUAAUCUUCUUAGGAUCAACACAGACAGGGGUGUCAUGAUCAAUGACAACAAGUCAAGAUUCUCUAUUAAGGGACAACCCGUACACCAUUUUGUCGGUACUUCUACAUUCAGCGAGUACACUGUCGUCCAUGCCGGUUGUGUUGCAAAGAUCAACCCUGAUGCACCACUUGACAAAGUUUGUAUUCUCAGUUGUGGAAUAUGCACAGGUCUUGGUGCUACUGUCAACGUUGCAAAACCAAAACCCGGCUCAUCCGUUGCUAUAUUUGGACUUGGAGCUGUUGGCCUUGCUGCUGCUGAAGGGGCAAGGAUAUCUGGUGCAUCGCGAAUCAUUGGAGUUGAUUUAGUUUCCAGCCGAUUUGAAUUAGCAAAGAAGUUUGGGGUGAAUGAGUUUGUGAACCCAAAAGAUCAUGACAAACCUGUACAACAGGUUAUUGCUGAAAUGACGGAUGGAGGUGUAGAUCGUGCUGUUGAAUGUACUGGCAGCAUUCAAGCUAUGAUCUCAGCAUUUGAAUGUGUACAUGAUGGUUGGGGUGUUGCCGUACUUGUUGGAGUGCCAAGCAAAGAUGAUGCAUUCAAAACUCAUCCUAUGAAUUUAUUGAAUGAAAGGACUCUUAAGGGUACCUUCUAUGGUAACUACAAGCCGCGAACCGAUCUUCCUAAUGUUGUAGAGAAGUACAUGAAAGGGGAGUUGGAACUUGAGAAAUUCAUCACUCACACAGUACCAUUUUCAGAGAUUAACAAAGCUUUUGAUUUGAUGCUGAAAGGGGAGUCCAUCAGAUGUAUCAUCAAAAUGGAGGAGUAAUAGUCCACUAAAAAAUUUAAUGGAGUUUGUCUACUUGGUUUUUGAAAAAAAUAAUAAAAGAAAUUUUUGAUGUGUCUGUUUAUUGAGUUUGUGACAUUUUGUGAAGUAUAAUUUGAGAGAAUGAUGUAACACUUAUAAUAUAUAGUGUUGUUUUUGUUAA